AUGGAUCCCGACCGCGCCUUGUACGCGACGCUGGGUCUCACCGGAUUCGGUGCCGGCAACGGCCCCACCAGGAAGCGCAGAGUCGACGAGGCUUUCACUGAGCUCAAUGCCAAUUCCUUCAACCCUGACGCGUCUGGCAGCAACUCGGUGCCCAUGGGUCCCCGCCGCAAGAGCAGCAACAGCGCCACGCCCGAUGACCAGCCUGAGCCGUCCGGCGCAAGCUCCUCCGCUCAGCACGUUGGAGGCCCUGCAGGUGCAGACGCGACGCCUACACCGCUCGCUGCCACCUCGGCGAAUCAGGAUCCUGCAUCAGAUGCUGCGAGUGCCGCCGACCCGACCGCAGGCAUGAAGGCGAGCGAGGCCAGGAAGUAUUGGAAAAAGAUGAAGAAGGAUCAACAGGCUCCAGCUAGCGCUGGUCUAGCCGACUUCCUCGCCUACGGCCAAUCACUUCCCGUACCACCCCCGCCGCCAGCUCGCCCUACCGAGAUCCCAAAGGAAACUUCCACCCUUCCUGCUGACUCGACUCAACCGGCAGACUAUGAGAGGACGGCCACCGGCGAUGUUGCCUACUUUCUGCCGAGUUUCAUUGAAGAUCCGUGGAGCAGAUUGUUGUCUAGCCAAUCCUGA